AUGACACCGGAUAUGGAGGCCGCGGGUCGCGCAACACAUGUGAAUGGGUUCGCCGAUGGCGCAAAGACCACCAAGACGAGUGCCAACCCGUACGAAACCAAUCCAGACCAUAUCCCGCGUGACGACCCCUUUCUCGCCCAAAGCGCACAGUAUGGACGUUACACCCCGCAUUCCGACGAUUUCACCCCUCACUAUAAGCAAUGGUACCACUCUGAUCCCGAUGCAAACGCCUUCUGGGUGGGAGUUGCGGAGAAGUUCUGCACCCCGGAGUACUCGCUAAACACCACCGGGCCCAGGGAAGCAUUCGCUGCAGGCAGCGUGAUCAUAUGGGUUGACCGCGAGUCCGCUGAUGGCGCAGCUGCAGAAGUGUUUUCUUGCGUGAAUGCCAAUGAAUUAUCUGCGGCACGAAAAGUCGAGGAGUCGCUUAAGGAGAUCGGAGUUGCGGUUCCAGUGACAUACUUUUGCGGGACAAUCGAAGGGCGGAAUGUGACAGUGGAAUCACGAAUCCCGGGGGUCUCACUUGAAGUCGCAGGGCGAUACCUCACCCCGAAACAGAUCAAUGCUUUUAAAAACCAAAGUCGCCAAAUUCUGCAAAUUCUCGCCAACAUCGACGCCUCCCUUAACGAACCUACUUAUGUCUGUCGCGGACUCAACUCCCAGGAACCGCCCUCCCGUCAGGAAACGGAGCGCACCAUACUUUUCGCCGAGAAAUCAUUGAAGGAAGAUCUGUGUUUCACUCACAAUGAUUUGGUACCGGCGCAUAUAAUUGUGAAAGAUGACCGGGUUGUGGGCAUUACUGGCUGGCGACAAAGUGGAUAUUUUGGCUUUGAGAGGGCGAAGAAGAUACACCGGUUAUUAAGGAACACUGAUUUACCUAAACCCAAGGGUGGAAAGGGUACGAUAUGGUCAGAUCUCUAUGAUGAUGAUUAUGACCCGAGUCAAAGUACACUGGUCGCGAACAAAGACACUCCCCUCCCAUCUGUCAAAACCGAGCCCAACGGGGAUGAUUUUGAGACCAAAUCUUUUGGUGGCGAUGGCGCAAAUGACUAUCCGACCUCCAAAAAACUUUCUAAUUUGAAAAAUGGCGUGAAUUCCCGGGCAUCAUCAUCCGAUCGGUCCUCCCCCGCAAAUUCUGUGAAGCCUCCGGGCAAAAAGGCCCCUGCCAAAAAGAAGCCAGCUGCCAAGCGCAAGGCGAACGACCCAGAUACAGAUAGUCUGAAUGAUCGUCGAUCCAAUACUCCUGCAUCUCGCGCGACCAAAGCACCUGGUAAAAAGCAGGAUUCUGUGUCGAUCGCAGGAUCUCCUGCGCCCGAAGCAAAAAAGAACCCCAAAAAGCGUACCAAACGGCCAGUUGAGGAAGACGAAGAAGAGUCAGAUGAAAACGCUCUUUUCUGUAUCUGUCGACGACCCGAUAACCAUACAUGGAUGAUCGGGUGUGAUGGUGGAUGCGAAGAUUGGUUCCACGGAAAAUGUGUCAAUAUUGAUUCUCGAGACUCUGAAUUGAUCGAAAAGUACAUAUGCCCAAAUUGCAGCGAGAACGGCAAACGCUGCACCACAUGGAAACCAAUGUGUCGCCUUCUGGAGUGUCGUAAGCCGGCACGCGUUGCUCAAAAGAGCAAAUACUGCUCUGACGAGCAUGGCCAUGAAUUCAUGCGCCGUCAAAUUUGCAACCUCAAAUUGGGACCUGACAGGCAAGGACAAGAGGAUUUAGGUAGCAUGGGCGGUGUUCUCACGCCUGGCGACCUCCGGGCAGCGAUUCUCGGGGUCAAGUCCGUGGCCGAGUUUAGGAAACUCGGUGAUAAAAUUCUGUCACCGUCACCAGAAUCCACCAAGGACGACGUUCCCAUUGGUAACACCCCCAAUGGUGACAUCAAAGAGAAGUCACCAUCGGAUACCAAACAUGAAUUGGACAUCGACGAACACAAUGUUGAAUUUUCAGUCGAGGAAGCAGCAAAGAUCGAGAAGAUCCGAGCACGACGCAACGAGCUCCUCCGCCGCAAAGAUAUGCUUGCUGCUCGUACAAAGUUCGUGACCCUUUUGCGCCAGAGAGCUAAGGGCCUGGUAGAAAGGUUGAGGCAGCAAGAGCCAAAAGGCGGGUGGAAGGACAUCUGCGGGUUUGACAUGCGACUCGCAUGGUCCGACGAGGAAUUCGAUGAUUGGCGGUUGUCCGAAGCUGGAAAACUCGCACUCGUGGAAGGAACAGUUGAAGCUCUGGCUUCUAGCUACCCCGCUGACGACGAUACACCCAUGGGUGGUACAAGUGAAGAAGAAAUAAACUUUUUGACCCGCGGAGUCUGCAUCAAGAAACGUUGCGAGAGACAUAAGCAGUGGACAAAGGUGCAACAACAGGAUAUCGUGUUCGAAGAAGAUACCGCAGAUCAAGAUCUCGCUCAGUGUGCGAUAGAUGAACGCUCCGUCGCUGAGAGGGCUGUCCUGCGGAGGUGGGCAGAAAAAGAAAACAUGCCCACGAAUGCGAAGUAG